AUGUCAGAGGAUUUAAGGAAAAGAUUUGAGUUUCCUAAUUCCCUUAUCCAGUCACAGGCUGUAGGUCACCUUAUUGCUGCAGUACUGAAAGAGAAUAGUUUGUCAGAAAAGAUCAACCAAUCUACAAACCAGACUCCUGCCUUGAAUCUCUUGUGGGAGAAGUGUUGCAGUGACAAUGUUGUGGUUCGAACUGCCUGCUGUGAGGGUCUGGUGGCACUUGUUGUACAGAAUCAUGCUGAGUUCAGCUACAUUCUUAAUGGAAUACUCAACCUUAUCCCCUCAACCAGAAAUACACAUGGCCUAAUAAAAGCUGUUGUGAAGUUAUUACAAAUGCAGGCACUGAAAGAAGGAAAGGAUGGAGAGAAUGCCGUGAAAGAUUUGUAUGGUAUCAGAAACCACCAUCAUCCUCUCAUCACUGUGCUUGAAAACAGGUCAGAUUGCUGGCCAGUUCUUCUACAACAGCUUACAGCUUUUUUCCAGCAGUGUCCAGAAAGGUCAGAAAUUUUAUGCAUCUCUAUAAUGGCCCCAUUUCUCCGUUACCUUUAUUGUGAGCCAUCCCAGUUACAGGAGUAUUCCAAAUUGAGAAUGGGUUUGCUUAAAGUGUUGCUCCAACCCAAGGGUCCUUGUGAUAAAGAAAAACCCUCCUUAAUGGAAAAACAUGUCCUUCAGUUGUUUUGUGACUUGGUUCCAUAUUUACAGGUAAAAGAUUUGGUACAAACAACAGAAGUGACUCUGUUUCUUCAAGAAUUAUAUUUGAAUCUUUUACGUCAUCCUGUUUUCUGGGAAAAGGAGCUCAUUCAGCUAAGCCUACAAAUUCUGUGUGUUUGUGAAGUUAGCUUAAAGAUAACUGGAGAAUGUUCAUCUUUAAUUCACCUUUUAGAGCAAAAUUUCGAACUUCUGAAAGAGGGAUUUCCAGUUGAACAAGCAAUAAUUGGAUUAAGUUUACUCAUCCUACAGACACCCACAAGUCAGCACAAACCAAUCUUAAAUCUAGCUUUGAAACUCUUCUCCUCUUCUGGGACCAAGAACAUCCCAACCUCAUCCCUGCUGCUGGUGAUGCCACUACUCCAGAUUUUGUCAUCCACAGCCUUGGAGGAUUGUAUUUCAGCAGAAGAUGGCAGCCCUUCUAGACAAGAGCUGGCUCUAACCCUCUUGGAAAUGGUUCAACAAGAGGGCUCCAGAGAACAAAACCAGUUGACGUCCUAUAAGCUUACUUUCCCUGUAACCAGCAUGUAUUAUCCAAUGUUUACAACCUGGAGAAUCCUUGAACAAAUGAAAGAAGAGUCCACAGUAUGUGAUUGGCUGUCUUCUGUGAAAUCAUUGCUGCCUAUCACCACCCAUGUUCCUGUACAUGUUUUCCUUCUAUUGGCCCACUUGCUCGUUCAAGAAAAAGGAGAGAGUCUUCGUAAUGUACUUAGGACCACCACCGAAAUAGCCAAAGCCGACUCGUCUCAGGUACCAAAUCUUGUCCCUGUUUUGAUGUUCAAACUUGGAAGACCACUGGAACCUAUUUUGUAUAAUGACAUUUUAUAUACUCUCCCUACUUUGGGAGUACAUAAGGUUUGUGUUGCACAAAUACUGCGAGUGAUCCAGGUUCUGGGAAACACUCCACAACUUAGAGCUGUCACUUUACGCUUAAUGACAUCUUUGUGGGAGAAACAGGAUCGAGUGUACCCAGAACUGCAGCGGUUCAUGGCAUUGUCUGAUGUCCCGUCUUUAUCUGUGGGCAAAGAGAUACAGUGGGAGAAGCUGAUUGCCAAAGCAGCCUCCAUCAGGGACAUAUGCAGACAAAGACCAUACCAGCAUGGGGCAGAUAUGUUGGCAGCUAUUUCACAGGUGUUGAAUGAAUGUACCAAGCCUGAUCAAGCUACUCCAGCAGCCUUAGUAUUACAAGGUCUUCAUGCACUCUGUCAAGCUGAGGUUGUUUGCAUUCGUUCCACAUGGAGUGCCCUCUCUCCAAAGCUGAGUUGUGACACACGGCCUCUUAUAUUAAAGACACUAAGUGAGCUAUUUGCUCUAGUUCCGUCACUGACAGUGAACACUUCUGAAUAUGAGAAUUUUAAAGUUCAAGUUCUCAGCUUCCUCUGGAGUCACUCUCAAAGCAAGGACCCUACUGUGGCAACUGCAGCAUACAAAUCCUUGUCAGCAUUUGGUUCAGAAGAGCACACCAUUCUUCAUCUCCCAGAAGAGGUAAGGCCAGAAAUUGAUCUCCCAGAAGAGCUGGAUGGAAAUGAAGAAGAGGAGGAGAAAGAGCCAGACCUUUCUGUCCCUGGUUCUUCUUAUAUCAAACUCCUUUCAGUCACCAGUCCUUCAGUCUUUCCAGCACUUGAAGAGUUUUUUGUAUCACUUGUGAAGCAAGAGAUGGUGAAUAUGCCUCGUGGUAUCUAUCAUUCUGCAUUAAGAGGAGGUGCAUCUCGUUCAGACCAAGGGAAGACGAUAGCAGGAAUUCCCAAUUUCAUGUUGAAAAUGUAUGAGAAAAAUAAACAACCAGGCCUGAAAUCUGGCCUUGCAGCUGGUAUGUUGCUUUGCUAUGAUCUUCCAAUCCACAUGGGUAAAGAUGGCAAACCCAUCAAUCGUUUCUUGGCCAGUAGAGGGCGGAGUUUCCAGCAGAUAUUAGUGGCUCUUAUACAUGAGGUGAACAUCCAGCCAUCCGAAUGGCACCGAUCAAUUCUUCUUCCACAGUCCUGGCUGGGAUUUAUGAAUAGGACAUACCAUGCCGUCUUACAGGGAAGACAGGCAGAGUUGGAUAUGCAGUUAAAACAUGGAAAAGAUGCUCCCGAGGAGAUACAAUACAAGAAAUUUACAGCUUGGCUCUGGGUUAGAGACAUGCUGACUGACCAGAUCAUCAAGUCAGCUUCAAAGGAAAGCCCAGUGGUCAAAGGGAAUGCACUCCUGGCAUUAACCAGUCUUGCUGUUGUUGUAUCUAAACAUGAAAACAGCCUAUCCUCAGAAACUGAUGGGGCACCAGAGAUUGAACCUGAUUUCCUUCCCAUGAAACAGUGGAUUUCUAUGGUGCUCAAUACUCUUCUAGUAAUUGUGGACAGCCAUCACCAGCCGAAGGGACAAGUCUUCUCCUGGUUCUAUCACAAAUCAUACUCUGGUGAAAACACAGCUAGUGCCAUUGCUCGUUCCUGUGCUGCUAUGGCUUUAUCCCUCCUGGUUCCAGUUUUCAUUUUGUCUUGCAAGGAGAAGGUGGAGGAAGUUUUGAGUAUGCUGACUGCUAGGUUACCUGGGAAACCAAGUGCAGAUGAGUCUCAAGCCGUUCAAAUCCACAUGGGCCUUGCUUUGGGGAUGUUUAUCUCUCGUUUGUGUGAAGAGAAAGUCAGUGAUGUAUCUGGCCAACAGUUGAACCUUCUUCUGAUGACAUCUUUGGAUGCUUUGGAAAACUGCUGCUUUGACACCAGUAUUGAAUACAACACUGGUUGCAUCCUGGGAGUAGGGCUUGUCCUGUCGCUCAUGAGCCACAGCAGUCAAACUGAGUCCCGUGUACACAUUGCCACAUCUCUUCGAAAGCUCUCGGCAUAUCUGGAUGGGAGUGGGGACCAAAGCAGAACAUUUCAAGAGGUCCUUGCUUACUCUCUCAGUUGUGUAUGCACUUCGGCUUUCAGCGCUGGAAUUAUUGAGGCUGUGGAGGCUGAAGAUAUUAUGAAUAAACUUCGGACGUUAGUUGAAAAUAACCAGCAGAAUUCAGGCUUUGCGUUGGCAUUAGGGAACAUCGUUCAUGGUUUGUCAGUCUGUGGACAUGGAAAAGCAGAAGACUUGAGCAACAGACUACUUCCAGCAUGGAUAAAAAUUGUUCUUACAGAGGGCUCUCCCACAAUGCAAUGCCUAGCAGCUGUUAAUGGUCUGGUUGCCUUGGUUGGUUCUGAAGGUGCAAUCAUGCAGCUGAAAUCAGAAACAAUUCAAGCUUCUCACUUUCAAAGUCAACUUAAUGAAGUAAUCAGAACCAUAACUCAGGUCAUCAGUUUCUCUGGAGUGAUUGGACUGCAGACAAAUGCAGCUUGGCUUCUUGGACAUCUUCAUCUAUCCAGCUUGUCCUCGAGUCAGAGCAGAACAUCUGUUCCUGCUGACUUUAGCUAUUUGCCUGAGAACAGCUUUAUUAGGGCAGCUGUUGACUUUAUCAUUGAAGGAGGGAAGAAAGGUCCUGAAUCUGUUCCUCCUUCCCUGGUGAAAGUAGCAAUGAAAUCCAUAGCAACUGUUGGAGAAAAUUACCAGUAUCCUCCUGUGAAUUGGGCUUCCCUGCUUUCCCCGCUUAUGAGACUAAACUUUGGUGAAGAAGUUCAGCAGUUAUCCAUUGAAAUUAUGGUAACCCAGGCACAAUCAUCUCAAAAUGCAGCUAUGCUGUUGGGAAUGUGGGUGGUUCCACCGCUAAUCCACAGUCUGAAUCUGAAGACAAAAAAGUACCUUUUGGUGUCUCUACCACUGUGGAUGAAACAUGUUUCUGAGGACCAACUCCAGGUUUUCACUGAAGUGUUUAUGGUGCAGCUUUUUGAAGCUACUUUUGCUGUCCAGGAUCCUGAGUUAUGUCAAAGUGCCUUACAGGGACUUAGCCAGGCUAUGAAACUGCCCAGUCCAGCUCAAUACCUCUGGAGUCAACUCUGCUGGGCUACUGAGAAAAUCUUUGAUCUUUUGCCAAACAAGAUUCGGAGAAGUGAUGUCGACCUGUAUAUCAAUGCAGCAAAAUGCCUUUCAGAAAUGACAGAUACCGAGAUUGAUCGCAUUACCCAUAUUACUAAGAACAACAUAAAGAAGGCUGCCUUUGUGAAAGUAUAUUUAGUCUCUCAAGGUCGAUUUCCUCUGAUGCAUUGGAAUGAUGUGAUUGAGGUUGCAGUUCGAUGUCAAGACAGAGAAACAGUUGCUUGGAUGAUGUUACAUGGUUUAUAUCAUGCACGAAUUAUAAGCCAUGCAAACACAGGAGUGCUGAAGAGAAUGGAAUGGCUGUUGGAACUGAUGGGUUACAUUAGAAAUGUUGCUUACAAGUCAACAUCUGUUGAGAAUGUGGCUCUUGAAGAGGCUAUCAACUUUCUGUUGCUGCUUUUUGCAGCUUCUGUGGUUGCAUGGGGUGACCACGAUGCCCCUCUCCUGCUCGGACUCAGUGCCAGCUGGUUGCCAUGGCACCAGGAAGGAGGCGUGGCUGGGUUCUCUCCUGGUUAUCUUGGCCAGAGUCCAAACAACAGGGUCACCUUGCAGGAGACUCUCACCCUCCUUCCCAGCAGCAUGCUGCUUCUGCUAAGCAAAGAACCAUGGAAGGAGCAAACACAAAAGUUCAUAGAUUGGCUAUUCAGUAUUAUGGAAAGUCCACAAGAAGCACUCUCAUCAAGUUCCAGAGAUCUUUUGAAAGCUACAACUCUGGCCUUGAGAUUUCUUCCUGAAUUUAAGAAGAAAGUAGUAUGGUCCAGGGCAUAUGGUUGGUAACCAUUCUGCCAGAAGUCAGCAUUCCUAGCUGGAAAAAGAAGAAAUCUUAAGCCUAAUGUUUGUCUAUCCCAGACAUACAGCAGAGAGCAGAAUGACAUAUUGCUGACCGGAUAUUUGGAAAACACAUACCAGGAAUCACCACGAACUGGUUUGAUUAACAGACCAAAUUUGGACUGGAAUCUUAGAUUGUAUUUUCCUUAAAUUAUAUUUAUUUCAAACUGUA